AUGUAUCGGCGAGCGCUGCAGUCCGCCGUUAGACACUUAUUGAACGCUUCAGCAUCGAGAGCUGUCCUCGGAAAGGCCAUUGAACAAGAUGUGUGUCAGUCCAGGGCUUUGGUGGCUUGCCGGAUAACAGUGGACGCGGAUGCUGGCGUCUCCAAUCACUCACAGCGCAGAGCCCUUCACUGCACAAGAGAGCUGCAUACUAUUAAAGAGACACUACAGACCACAGAUGAAGAGGUGGGAGCCUUCACCAAACUGAUUGAGGCCAUAGGCUUCACCGGACCCCUCAAAUACAACAAAUGGAAAAUUAAGAUAGCUGCCUUGCACAUGUACACAUGCUGUGUAGAAAGAAUCAACUAUGACACAUUUUUUGAAAACUGCUCUCUCCCCGAUACGCUUAACUCCUGGUUCUUGGUGGCACAGCUCCACGUUUGGAUGUGUCUGGUCCGGAUGCGGCAGGAAGGCAGAGCUGGGAAGUACAUGUGCCGUUACAUCGUCCACUCCAUGUGGGAGGACGUGGAGCAGAGGAGCAAGAUUAUGGGAAUUGAUGCCAUUCAAAGAAAGGAGAGCAUGAAGGUGAUGACGGAGACAUUCUACGCUGCACUUUUUGGUUAUGAUGACGGAAUACUGUCAGACGAUUGCGUUCUUGCGGCAGCGCUCUGGAGAAUCAUGUUCAACAGACAGUGUGAAGACCCCAGACAGCUCGAGCUGAUGGUCGAAUACGUCCGCAAACAGAUGCAGUUCAUCGAUGCUCUGGAUGGGGAGGACCUGCUAUUAACUGGAGAAGUGAAAUGGCGCCCCCUGGUGGAGGAACACGCCCAGAGCAUCCUGAAGGUUCCCAGCCCGACCUACAAUGAUGCUGGUCUCUGAGAGCCAUCUCACCCUCCUUUAUCUGUCUUUCCCUGA